AAAAAAUAAAUGGGCUGUUGUCAGAGCCAAGGGAGUAUUAAAAUUCAAUCAAAAACUGCCUGCAAAAGUACAGUUGAGGAACUCAAGGUUAGUAAAGAGAACCUUGAACAUAAGUCUGAGUCAGAAAAUGCAACAAGUAAGGGAGGAGAGUGACCUCUCAAGAUUGAAAUCGAUGAAGCCGAGUUUGUUAAAUGAUACAAGACUCUAGAAAAUAAUGAUGAAUCUAAAUUAAGAUCAUUCUCUAUUAUGAUUGAAAAUCCUGACAAUAAGAAUAAGCGGUGACAUUCAAUUAAAAGUAAUCAUAAAAAUGAUAGCAAACGUGAAAGCGAAUGAAUGAAAUUUCUUAUGCAGGAAUUGGAGUUAGCAAAGGUGGUGGAGGAGCAUGAUACUGAUAAUAAGUGUCUUGUAAGCACUCCUCCACCUGCGAGCAAAAAUAAACCAAGUUUUUCCCUUCCACUAAAAGGACUAUUUUCAAAAGAAAACCCUGUCAUGCCAAUUCAGAACUCUACUCCUAGGGAAGAAGUAAUUUCGAAGCCAGUUGAGUCGAGGCUGAUCUCUCUUGAACCUCUACCUAAAAUAAACAUGAUAAGUGUUGACAAGUUUUACACUCAAGACCUGGAUAGGAUCAUUGAGAUUGAUCAAGAGUAAACCCCUGCUUUGAUAUAAUUAUUCUUAAUAAAC